AAGAAGAAGAAGAAGACGAAGAAGAACUAAAACAGGAAGUGAAUAGCUAGAUCGUUGGUUUAUUUUCCUCGUUGACAUGUGGCUCUACAGACCCUAAAAUUCCCAAAUUACAGAUGGAGUUGAAUACGUUUCUUACGCAGCGAUUAAUAGCGGCUGCUGUGGAGAUAUCGUCUGUCUUUGAAAAAAAAGAUAGUCGAGUACCAGGUAGAAAUCUCCCGUUCGAAGGAGGAGAACAAACGUCUACAGAGGCUGUUGGAUUUGGUUUUCCACCCGGAAAUCAAGUUACAUCGAGCAGACUCCCAGCAGCUCUCUCUUCCGGUCUCCGAAGAGGCCGUUCCCCCUGAGCAGCAGCACUGUGAGGAGGAGAGUAGCCCCAGUCUGGGGCAGGAGGACCCAGAGCCCACACAGAUUAAAGGGGAACAGGAGGACCUCAGGACCAGUCAAGAGGAAGAGCAGCCUCAAGGGCUGGAACCUGAUACCAAAGACCUCUUGAUCCCUGCCUGUGUGAAAAGUGACUAUGAACAGGACCCAUCUCUGCCCUCACAUCUUGACCAAACCUUGGAGAACAGAGAGAGAGACUCUCAACCCACCAACACAACUGAACAGAUCAAAACAGAACCUGAUGGAGAGGACUACAGAGUAUCAGAACCAACCAGGGACUCUCAGCUCCUCUCUGCAGCCCAGAGAGAAAACAUAGAAGAACAUGUUGAUGGGAUGGAGAGACCCAUUCCCCCUCCCUUCUCUCCAGACUCCCAGCAGCCCUCUCUCCCUGUCUCUAAAGAGGAGGUUCCCCCAGAGCAGCAGGAGAGAAGCCCCAGGCUGGGUCUGGAGGACCCAGAGCCCACAAAACAAGAGGAACUCUGGACGAAUCAGGAGGAACAGCAGCUGGAAUCUGACAGCAGAGUAUCAGAACCAACCAGGGACUCUCAGCUCCUCUCUGCAGUAAAUCCAGAAUGUUCUGCAGCUCAGAGUGAAAAUGGUAAAGUUCAUCAGAGUCCCAGCACUUCUUCAGAACAAGAUUCUAGUAAUGUGGAAUCAAAUAAAGCAUCUAAUUUCUGUAACUGGAGUGACGAAAACAUCUCAGUUACAGACAGCAACUCUUCAGACAGUAGCUCCUGCACUAAAGAAGACUCUGAGGCACGUAAACCAGCAAAGAGAACAUGCCAUUCUAGUGGUGUGCUGAAUGAACCAUCUGAUUUGUCUAACUUAUGUGAUGAAAACAACCCGGGGACUGAGAUCAGCCCUUCAGACGGCAACAAAGACAUGAACAUCCAAACAGACUCUGGGUCUCAUAAUCCAGCUAAGAGGAUAUGUCAGAGGGUGCAUAGUGUUGCGGUAGCAAGACGUGGGAGUGGAGAGAUGGCCUCCUGUUCCCAUCCCAAAGUGCCAGGAUCCACUCCAGAUUACACCCACUGCAUGCACUGUCAAGCUGCAAAAUCGUCAACUCCUGUUGAGCCAAAAAGUGAAAUCUAAAGAUGUUACAGUAGUGUAAAAGAAGCGAUGUGAUUUGCAUUGUGAAAUUAUUUUCCAUUCUUUGCUGCCGUUUUUGCAAUCUUUUAAGCAACCUUUUCUCAACAGGCGCCCAGCCAACCCGGCGCCCAGCCGACCCGGCGCACAGGCGCCCAGCCAACCUGAAGAAACACCAAUGAGGUAGCAACAGUAGAGAAACACAUGAUGCCGUUCAUGGAAAGAGUAGCCGAGUUCCUGGAAAGAGGGACUGCCUCAAAUGCCUCCAGUCAGAACCUGUGGCGCUCAAAAGCAGAAACUGGUCGGGCAUUAAGCUCUAUGUACAUAAAAGAAUCAAACGGCGACAGAGUUCUGCAGCGAACUUGGGAGACCGCGGCCCUGACGGAGACUUCAAAUCAGGUCCAGAGACUGUCAACGCGACAGCUUAGCCAUUGCGUUUCCCAGUCAUACUUCGAACCAGCCAGGGAUUCGAACCAGCGACUUUGUGUGUGGUGGGGGGUUACAGGUACAAUAUUUAAAUUCAUAUUCUGUUCAUAUAUUUUAUAUUCAUUAGCUCACACAUUGUACCUGUGGGCUGCCACUAAAAACAUUGAAGAAGAAAUUAACUCCGCCAUUUCCUGGUUGGUAAAAUUCUAAUAGUAAACCUAAUUUCAGUUUGUACAUCACAAGCAAGUCUAGUGUAGACUACAGGAUCAUUGUACCAUCUAAACCGCUGUGAAAUAUAUUUUCCAUAACCAAAAAUAUUGUAUUUUCAGCUGUUUUGAAGCUGGUGUACAAAACUUGAAAGUAAAAUACGCAAAAACAAAACUUAAGACGGGAAGCAUAGAAAUAGUGCACAUAGAACAGAUCUACCGCUUCCUAGACUUUGCUUUCAAUGAGCGUGACAGAUCUAUAACUGUAAGUAUAAUUGGAGUCCUCCAUGGGGAUCUUGAGAGGCAGUAGGGCUGAUUUGGAUAGAUUCAUUUAGUAAUCUGAGAUUACAAAAUGAAUUUAUCUAUGAUCUUCAAUGCAUUUGGGAGCAAUAGAGCUACAUUGUCUAGAUAUAGUACAAUACCGUCUGCGUAUUGGUGUUUUUCCUUUGAUAUUGCCUGGGCCAGGGGUUCCAUGCAUAAUAAAAUAACAAAGGAGAAAUGGA